UUUUGAAUAAAAGCCACAAAAACUCGCAUGCAUCGGCGGAAUCUAAAAUAAAAUUUUAACCUACCGUGCCAAAUCCAAAUUUGGGUUGGCGCUCAAUCCAAACAUCCUUCUCCACUGCCCUCUCUCUCUCUCUCUCUCUCUCUAGCUACAGCACCUCUCCCCGAGCUCCUAUCCUCCUCAGUUCUUGAAUCGGCGAGGUUGUUUCAUCAGAGCGUCUCCGCCUCCCACCACCACUUUCGGCUUUCUUUUUUCCAAACCGAAAGGCACGUGCUGGUCAGUGCGAACCGCCAAACGGGGUGUACGUUAGAGGCGGCCACAAUUUGAUUUUUAUGAAGAAGAGUGCGAGCAAUUAAGCUGAGAGAGAUCAAUGAGUUCGAAAGAGAGUUGCAAAAGUGAGCUCCGGACUGCGAUUCAUCAGCUCAGUGAUCGUGGCCUUUACUCAGCCUCCAAAUGGGCAGCAGAACAGCUGGUGGGUAUCGAGCAAGACCCAGCAAAGUUCACGCCUUCAAACACCAGAUUCCAGCGUGGAAGCUCAAGCAUUCGCCGGAGAUUCCGCACAAACGAGAUUACUUCAACACCGAUUGCCGGUGUGUCAUAUGUGUCGACUCCAGUGAUGGAGGAGGACGAGGUGGUGGUUGGUGACUUUUACCUUCUGGCCAAGUCAUACUUUGACUGCCGGGAGUACAGGAGGGCUUCUCAUGUGCUUCGAGACCAAACUGGGAAGAAAUCUGUCUUCUUGCGUUGCUAUGCGCUUUAUCUGGUUUGUUGCAUUCUCUUCUAAGCAUUGUAUAGUUCCUGUUGGUUCUGUUUUUGUUCUCGAUCUAAUUAAAUGA